AUGCAUAGACUAGCGACCUGGUCCACUCUUGCGGUCCUCCUGCUUGUUGGUGCAGGGGUGGGAGCCGAGGAAGAGCAAGUGAUAGAAGACGAGCCUCUAGUGGCAACCUCGGCACAUCAGCUCCUCUCGCAGAUGGAGAAUUUUGUGCGAAUGCGGGGGCGCAAUGUCACGUGGCGGAGUACCGAGCUGGUUGAGUUGCCCGACUACUUGAAGCUGCUGCUGCCUUCGGCUUCCAUCGACUGUGGCGCUCCAUGUCGAGCCAAGGAGAUGGACAACCUCAUCCAUCCGGUCUCGGCCGUGGUCAUGCGCAACAGCAACAACCAGCUUGGCAUGAUGUUCUUCGUGGAGGCCCACAAGCUGGUUUUAAACGGCAAGCACCCCGUUCGCGUCGAACUCCUGGGAUGCGGCGUCGGCCCCGCAGAGACGGCGACGGAGAACCGGCUGUGGACCAAGGCCAUGUCCACUCGCUUUGAAACCCUGCGCAAUCACCGCUGGUACGAGGUGACGGCGCGAACGCGGCCGUUGUCCUCGGCGUUCGCCAAAGUCUGGUGUCCAUUGCCGCAGCUGGCUGCCUCAGGACUUGAGGCCGUGCGUCCCGCGAACAACGAGCUCUAUUCAAACAUUGUUUGGGACACUGCUACAGGCCGCUGGCAAACUUUGCGCAACACGCCUCCUUUGGCCCGGAGCUCGGCCGUGGCUCCCAUGAACAAGCCCUGGCUACGAGUGCGGGCGGGGCCGUGCGAGGCGACGUGUCAAUUAUCCACCUUUGAGCCGCUCGUGUUGCCCCGCAAGACCAAGUUGGCAGAGCACGGCGUGGUGGUCGGCAUCAUGCACCACGUGACGCCGAUUCUUGAGCAGUUUAUGCGCUAUUAUCGCGAUCACUUUGAUGUAACCCACUUCACGUUCUAUACAAACGAGAGCUGGGUGAAUGCUUCCGAAAACGGGCUACACCCGCCGCCCGGUGUCUCAGCUACCGUCAUUCAGUGGCCCUCGCCAUUGCAAACUUACAAAUUUGGCAAGUCUUUGGCUUUGGCGGACUUUACGGACCGCGCACGAUAUGCCUACGAGUGGGUGUACUCGAUUGAUGUGGAUGAGUUUUUGAUUUACAACCCGCCAACCCCAGGCCUACGCUUUCCGGACUUGCUACGCCAGAAGCGGCAAGAGGACCCAGCGAUAGCCUGUUAUACUUUGCUGCGCCACAAUGUGAAGCGGGAUUGCAGCCUACCCCAGGUGCGCUACGCCAGGGGCCACAACGUCACGCUUCAGGACAUGAUUAGCGAUAAGGAUCGUAACUACGUCUCUCCCAAGGCCGUUUAUCAUCUACCAGCCACACAGCAGGUCCGCGUUCCUCCACAGGGCCCAUGUUGUACACGCGUUUUCUGCAAGCAGCUCAACGACUAUGCAACGCCGAUUCCCAUGUAG